AUGAAGCAUUCACUUCUCCCUUGCUUGAAUGUUAUGAGAAGACUCUCACCGUUACGGGUGGUAUUAUUGCCGCCUGUUUCUUCGACCUGCCACAACCACGUCCCAUAUUAUAUCCAGAAGUUGCGGUUGCCGAAGAUCUCAUUCAGUAAACUAGUUCCAAAUUGGAGUUUUCUUUCUUCUUUUUUCAUCCCAAUCAGGAUGAAGGCAGGGUUUAGUAGAUUAAAGGGUAAAGAAAUUUCUCUUAUUUCCAUUGUUUUGAUGUGUAGUACCAUUAUUUUAUGGUCUUGGGAAAGAACACCUGGUCUUUCUGCCUUUCUUCCUCCACAAUCGCCGUUGCAGCUCUAUUCAGAUCAUUUAGUUAGCAGGUCUUCGGUGAAGGCACCAGAUCCACAUAAACAUGUGUCUGAACAUGACUCAUCAAUGCCAAAGAAAAAGACUACUGAUGAGCCAGAAGAAAAAGAUCUUGGUUUAGCAUCUCAGACAAUAUCUGCACAAAGCUCUUCUGAAAAGAGCAUGGGUGAAAGUAAUACCAAAACUACUUCACAUACCGAACAGAUCCCGUCAAGUGUGUCCAAUGAAGAAACAAAACAUGAAAAUAUUUUGGAAGCUGGAAAAAGCCAUGGUAUACAAACUUCUUCUAGCCUAACAACAUUUGAGGCUAAAAGUAAUGAAACUAAGGGGGAGAAAAAUUCCAAACAAGAAGAACCUAAAAUAGAUCUCGUCACAAACAUUUCACAAAAAACCUCUUUACCUAUCAGAAAAGAAAGCUGGAAUAAUGCUACAGAAAACAAUGGUACUAUUCUUUUGCUUAUCAUCCAUGAAAUUUUAUUGAAACAUUCACUAUCUUUUGGAUGA